AUGCGUUUCACUCCCUUUGCCCUUGCCCUCGCGGCCGCCCAGGGUGUCAUCGCUGCCCCUUCGCGUGAGACCAAGCCCAUCAGCCGUGGCUUUGGCUGUGGCGCUCCGGAGCCCGAUGCCGAGCACAUCCGGGUCUCGCAGCAGUUCGCCGCCCAGGAGGCUUCCCUGAGGGCGUCGGGCAACUUCAGCAUCCAGGCCACCGUCACCGUCGACACCUACUUCCACGUCGUGCACAGGUCCAGCAGUGACGAUGUCUCUGACUCCGUCCUUAACGCGCAGCUCGCCACCCUCAACAAGGCCUACGCCCCCUACGGCUUCCAGUUCACGCUCAAGGGCACCACGCACACCAUCAACGCCAACUGGGCCGACGACACCCGCGGCUACGAGAUGACCAUGAAGCGCUCUCUGCGCAAGGGCACCUACCGGACGCUCAACGUCUACUUCCUCCCGGAGAUGGGCGACAACCUCGGGUACUGCUACUUCCCGGAGUCGGGCGGCGGCAGCUCCGGCUCCACCACCCAGAUCCGCGACGGCUGCACCGGCGGCUGCACCGGCUCCGGCGACUCCGUCUCCGACACCCCCGCCCAGGCUAGCGCCAGCAGCGGCUGCCCGAUUGGCAGGGACUCGUGCCCUAGCCAGGCGGGGCUGGAUCCUAUUCACAACUAUAUGGAUUACACUUAUGACUCGUGCUAUGAAGAGUUCACUGCCGGACAGCAGGCUCGCAUGGCCAGCUUCUGGAACAACUACCGCGCUGGUAAAUGA